AUGACGGAGACUUUGAACUUGUUCCAAACAAUCGCGGGAAAUUUGGAAUCCUAUUUUAGCGCCUCUUACCCGAGCUCUCUCUCACCCUUAUUCAUUCUCACCCACCAGAAUCAAGAAGAAACACUCUCAGAUGUGAAGAAACACCCACAGAUCAAUCAUCUCCCUUCCACUCUCAUCAGCCCAUCAAAGAUACACUCUCAGCACCACCAUAUAUUGCAAUGCAUAUCCCUCUCGGUCUCUCUAUCUCAGUUUACAACUUCCGCCAUUGAUCGAAGAUACCAUAUGACUUGCUGUCUCCUCCGAACAUUUGAGUUUCUCAUUGUUUGGAAAAGCAUUGCUGUUCAGAAAUCAUUCCUAUUUAGCAUACCUCCAUCUGGAAAAAGUCAGCCAUUAAAAGCCUUUUCUACUAGCAUCUUCAUCAGUUCCGCAUCAUUCAGUACUGAGGAUCACACAACCCUUUUUUUGUCAUUGACUUUCACAACUGUUUACUUAAGAAAGUGA